AUGUCUGACGAUAGCGACGGGCAGCGGCAAUGCCGCCGGGGCGUCACAGUCGACGUCGAGCUCGACGCCGCCAUGGCGCUCGCCGACAUGGCCGGGGUCGGACCGGCCGGCGAGCAGCAGCCGCCGGUGCGGCACGCGCCUGCUCCCCCUCCUCCUACUACUCAUCGGGAGGACGAGGAGGAGCUGGCGAGCACGCGGCUGAGCCUGGAGCUGGGGAAGGUGGGCAUCCAGGCGUCCCCGUGCUCCAGCAGCUCCAGCGCCGGCGGCCACCAGGCGCACCACCAGCCAUACCAGCAGCAGCAGCAGCCCGCCACGGCGGCGGCACCGGCGACCGGCUACGGGCCACGGCCCCGGCACGCGCUCACCGAGGCCGAGAAGGAGGCGAGGCGGCUGCGGCGCGUGCUGGCCAACCGGGAGUCCGCCCGCCAGACCAUCCUCCGCCGCCAGGCCAUCCGGGACGAGCUCGCCAGGAAGGUGGCCGACCUCUCGUCGCAGAACGAGAACAUGAAGAAGGAGAAGGACAUGGUGAUGCAGGAGUACCUGUCGCUCAAGGAGGCCAACAAGCAGCUCAAAGAACAGGUGGCGAUGAGGACGGCCAAGAAGGCGGCAGCCGCGGUGACCGCGGCGAUGCCGGCGCAGCAGCAGGCGGAAUCCCUGGCGGCGGCGUCCACGGCGUCCCCGCCGCCGCGGCCGGGGUUCCUGUACACCGCGGCGGCGCCGGUGCCGUACGUCUGGGGCUCCUGGCCGCCGGGAGCAGCCGCCGCCGGGUACGAGCACCACCACCACGGCGGCAGCUCGCCGGGCCCGCCGCCGCUGUGUCUGCAGCCCUGCGCGUGGUACUACCCGGUCGUGGCGGCGGACCCGCGCGGGUCGCCGUCCGCGUCCGCCCCCGCGUACGCGCAGCAGCAGACGCAGCCGCCGGCGGUGUUCGAGGACCCGCGCGGCGCCGUUGCAGCGGCCGAGCCCGCGGGCAGCGGGGGCAGCCCCGCCGGUGGCGGCGCGACGGCCGAGGAGGACACGGACGACGACCCCUGCUCGCUCACGCUCGGGCUCGACGUCGUCGACAAGCGGAGCGCGCCCGCCAGCAUCUUCCCCGCGGGGCCCGGCGGCGGCGGCGGGGGACUGGGAGCGCAGAGCGACAGGGACAAGGCGGCCACGGCGGCGGAGGCCAGGAAGCGGAGGAAGGAGCUCACCAAGCUCAAGCACAUGCACGCCGCCGCCCGCCCCGGUGGCGAGCAGUGGUAG